AUGGGACCAAAAUAUACACACAAACUACAAGGUUGUGUAGAUAAAAUCACUAGUAAAUCAUUAAUAAAUGCAUCGAAAUUAAAACACUAUGUUCUACCUACUACUGAUGCAGAUGAUAAUGUAAAUGAUGUUGAUAAUGUAAAUAAUAAUGUAAAUAAUAAUGAUGAUAAACUUGAUAAUAAAACCUGUGAUGAUAAUGUAGAUACAAAUAAGAAAGAUAAGCAUGACAACGAUAAGAACAUACAAAGUAAAAAGUUAGCUGGUUCUCAAAAUAUGCCAGAUGAAAAUGAAGUAAAAAUUAUGAAAAUUAUAAAAUGUAAUGUAUCUAAGAUAGAAUUUAACUGUGAAAAUAAAGAGAAAGUCAUUGAAGGAUGUAAUUUUGUUAAUAUUCCAUGCCAAUGUACUAUAUUUAAUGAUGAUAUCGUUGUACCUCGAUCACUAGGAUCAUGUCAGGCACAUGGCCAGGGGUUUGAAGUCAGACAUAAAUUAAUAGGGUACUUAAGGGAUGUAACCCUUAACUCAGUAGGUGACCUGUCAUGUUUAGUUGACGUAUAG